AUGGCGGAACGGCCUCCAACCUCGUCCUCCUCGCGGAGGCGACGCGAAGGCGAUGCGUCCAUCGGGGAUUUUGUGAUUGGAGGUGAAAUCGGGAAGGGCAGCUUUGCCCAGGUGUACAGUGGCUACCACAAGAGCUCCAAAGCAACUGUAGCGAUCAAGUCGGUAGAAAUGGGUCGGCUCAACAACAAGCUUCGAGAGAACCUGUACGGCGAGAUCCAGAUACUCAAGACUCUUCGUCACCCCCACAUCGUAGCCCUCCACGACUGUGUCGAAUCGGCCACACAUAUCAACCUCGUGAUGGAAUACUGCGAGCUUGGUGACUUGUCUUUGUUCAUUAAGAAGAGGGACAAGCUCAGCACCAAUCCGGCUACCCACGAGAUGGCGAGGAAGUACCCCGUCACCCCUAACUCGGGUCUUCACGAGGUCGUCACUCGCCAUUUUCUCCAGCAACUUGGCAGUGCCUUGAAGUUCCUGCGCGAGAAGAACUACGUCCACCGAGAUGUCAAGCCUCAGAAUCUUCUUCUUCUACCAUCACCAAGGUUUAGAGAAGCACAUUCACGCCCGAUUUUGACUGCGAGCCAGGACUCGUUGAUCCCUAAUUCCGGCCUCGCGUCCCUCCCAAUGCUGAAACUUGCCGACUUCGGCUUCGCUCGCGUCCUGCCCUCUACGUCUCUCGCCGAUACUCUUUGCGGAUCACCCCUCUACAUGGCCCCGGAGAUCCUUCGUUACGAGCGCUACGACGCCAAGGCUGACCUUUGGUCUGUCGGGACGGUCUUGUACGAGAUGAUUACUGGUCGUCCCCCCUUCCGCGCCCGAAACCACGUCGAGCUUUUGCGUAAGAUCGAAGCCGCCGAGGAUAGGGUGAAGUACCCGAAGGAGCUCGUGGUCAGCAAAGAGCUGGUUAAGCUCAUCGGCAAGCUCCUCACUCGGAACCCUGUUGAACGGAUGAGAUUCGAGGACUUCUUCAACGACCCAAUAUUAACCGAACCCAUCCCAGGCACGGUCGAGGACGAUGCUCCUCCCAAGCCAGAGCCAAAGGCCUCCCGGGAUUUACGAUCUCUCGGUCGGUCUGACUCGACAUCAUCGUUGUCCCGCCGGCUAUCUCUUCGUCGACAGGCUGAGAACGAGCCUGUCCGUGAACAAAGUGAGAUGGCAAAGUCGCCUCGUGAAAAACCUUUGAGAUCACCGCAGUUGCCUAGCCCUAUUGAAGGUCGACCUCAGCAGGCUGCAGCCGAAGCUACAACGCGUAUCGGGCAGUCACCAGGGCAAGAAAACGGAGAGGGACUAGGUAUUCGCCGUCCACCAUUGCCUCAGCCCUCGACUUCUGCGCCCACUCGGCCUCAUAGACUCUCCAAUGCGUCUCUCAACCGACCUUCAGCGCGAGCUUCUGUUUCACCACCAACUUCUUACUUCAACGACAGCUCGCCGAGGAACAAGCUCCGUCCUGUCGCCGAGCGAAGCGUUACAGAGCAAGAGAAAGCUGCUCAGGAUGUCGCAUUUGAGCGAGAUUACGUCGUUGUUGAGAAGAAGCAUGUGGAGGUAAACGCAUUUGCCGACGAGAUGGCCGCCAACCCGCGGCUUACCUCAUUGUCGCCCAAGACCGGUCAGAUGAUCCGUCGAGCAACGCAACAGGGUCCUCCUAACUCGGCGACCGGAGCUGGGCGUGUGCAGCCCUCAAACGCUGUCCAAAUUGCUCAGGGCAAGGGACGUUCCGGCCAUGAACGCCGCGAUUCUUAUGACGGCAAAAAUUUCUCGGCCAGUCCCACGACACAGGGAUUCAUCGCAAAGGCCAUAUCUGAUGCCAGCGUCCGUCUAUUCGGAUUCAAGGUCCCUCAGCAUGUAUUGGGUGGAAAGGGAGCGUCUCCGCCUCUCUACAGUCCUUUUCCUGCCUACCCGACGCCAUCAGCCCCCGUCGGUCUUAUUGGUGACGGCAGGCAAAACGCCCCGGUUGAUGAGGACGCGCGAGCCGUCAAGCUCAUCCAAGACUUUGCGCACCGGAGUGACUGCGUUUACGGGUUUGCCGAGGUCAAGUAUAAGCAGCUAUUCCCUCUCGCGCCAUCGAUGGAGCACGGACUCGGUGGUAUGCCUGCCGACCAAAUCACUGGGGACGAGGACGGUCUUACAAUCGAUGCUGAGGUUCUCUUGUCGGAAGAGGCUCUGGUUCUUUACGUCAAAGCUCUGACCCUAUUAGCUAGAGCCAUGGACGUCGCAAGUCUGUGGUGGACCCGGAAAACGCGUGGCGACUCAACAGGAGCGUCCGCGGCUGAGGUUUCCAAAGAAGGUCUCGCUCAACGAAUCAACUCGACUGUGCAGUGGGUGCGAAGUCGCUUCAACGAAGUGUUGGAGAAGACCGAAGUCGUUCGCUUGAAGCUCAUUGCCGUCCAGCAGAAGCUUCCGGAGGACCACCCCAGCCACCCAAGCAACCAUGGCGGCGAGUCGGUGUCGGCUGCGUCGAGCACUAAGGAUGUCUAUCUUACGCCGGGUAUCAGUGCCGAGAAGCUGAUGUACGAUCGAGCCUUGGAAAUGAGUCGAACGGCUGCCAUUGACGAAAUUACGAACGAGAAUCUUGAAGGUUGCGUCACGUACUACGUCACGGCCAUUCGUAUGCUUGAAGCUGUCUUGGACAACGACGAGGAUACGGUCAAGCGCCGUUACUCGAGCUCAGGCAAGGAUCUCCCCCGUGAGGAGAUCUCUAGCGACCUGGACAGCGAUGAUCAGCAGGUUGUCAACCGAAUGAUUCAAAUGAUAACCGCUCGUCUAUCGACCGUCCGCAAGAAGAUGGCCAUGAUUGCCGAGGCAUCGAGAUCACAGCAAGUGGCGCAGCUUCCAGGGCGCAAGCGCAGCGGUGACGUGACACCCCGCAGCGUGCCAUCUCACGCUUAG